UACAUUUUUAAAAUAAAUAUUUAUUAUAUCAUAUAUAUUAUGAGAUAUAUACUGUACUAACUAUGUACAUAUAGGCUUAAUUCCUCACCUACCUAAAUUUCAAUCCUCCUCCCUCCCUCUGCUCCUUCAUAGGAAUGUCAAAGGCAACAGUCAUAGCUCUGCUUCUUCUCUUGUCGUCCGCCAUCUCCAGCCUUCAAACUACCACCGUCACCUCCGCCGCCGCCGCCCAAAACGAUCAAGAUGGUAACUUUCUUCCCCCUUCUCUGUUAAAGUCGUCUCCUUUACUUCAAAUACAUUACAGUUGCAGAGCUUUUGUUUCAGCUGCUGCUCUCCGAUCUCUAAUGGAUUCAAUGAAGAACUUGCCGGCGAGUUGGGGUAAGUCGAAAGCUCCCUGUGGUUCUCCGCCAUGGGACGGUGUCACUUGCAAUGGUUCUCGAGUUACAGAGCUUAAAUUAUACAAUAUGGGUUUGAUCGGAACUUUAAGCGGUGACAUUGGGAGCCUUACAGAGUUGCAGUUCCUGGACCUGUCUAAUAACAAGGAUCUUGGUGGCCAACUUUCGCCUGCUAUGGGAAACUUGAUGCAGCUUGAAUCCCUAAUACUGGUUCGUUGCAGCUUCAGUGGCAACAUCCCCAGCGAAUUAGGCAAACUAAGCAAGCUCAUAUAUUUGGGUCUGAACUCGAACCAGCUUGUUGGAACCAUUCCAGCUGCACUGGGAAACCUCUCCAAUCUCAUCCGGCUGGAUCUGGGAAACAAUCACUUAACUGGACCUUUGCCAGUCUCUAAUGGCUCAACUCCAGGAUUGGAUCAGCUUGUAAACACACAGCACUUCCAUCUUAACAAGAAUAGGCUUUCAGGUCCCAUUCCAGAACAGCUUUUUCACUCUGAUAUGCAUCUAAGACACUUACUUUUGGAUAGAAAUCAAAUUGUUGGGACGAUUCCAACUUCCAUAGGAGCUGCAAAAAAACUUGAGAUAAUUCGUCUUGACAAGAAUCACCUGGAAGGUACAGUUCCUUCUACAAUCAACAAUCUUGCUAAACUUGGUGUUCUAAAUUUAGCUAAUAAUGGAUUUGUUGGACCUAUGCCAAAUCUGACCGGGAUGAAUUUUCUUAGUAAUGUGGAUCUCAGCAACAAUUCAUUUGAUCCUUCAGAAGCUCCAGCAUGGAUUUCAGAACUUCAAAAUCUCACCAGUUUGGCUAUACAAUCAGGAAGACUCCAUGGCCAAGUCCCACAGAAACUCUUCAGUUUACCUUUGCUGCAGAAAGUGAUACUCAAGAACAACUCUUUCAAUGGAACUCUAGAUAUGGGAAGCAACAUUAGCCAACAAUUGCAGAUUGUGAAUUUCGAAAAUAAUACCCUUACUGCAGUAGCACUUGGAUCGAGCUAUAAUAAUUCAAUACUGCUAAGAGGAAAUCCUUUGUGCAGCAAUAUUCAUCUCUUAGUUACAAACUAUUGUGAACUUCCUCAACAAUCUCUACCUACCUACUCUUCUGGACUUGCAAAUUGUAAUGGAAGUUCAUGUGCUACAAAAAAUACCUGUUCACAUCCAUAUGAAGCAAUUAUUUUCUUUAGAGCUCCAUAUUUUCAGGAUGUUUCAAAUGACACAGCAUUCCAGUUACUAGAACAGAGACUCUGGACAAAAUAUGGUUCAUACGUUGGAUCAAUCUAUCUUAAAAAUCCCUUCUUUGACAAUGAUACAUACCUGGAGGUACAGAUAGCUUUCUGCCCAUUGAGUGGAACCUACUUCAGCAUUAAGGAUAUUCUUGAAUAUCUUGAGUUCAACAGCAACAACUUUUCAGCUCCGGCAAAUUUUGGGCCUUCUGAUUUUAAAGCAUUUCCAUACAUUUUACCAGAAUCAUCACGUUUGAAUAUAAGUUUGAUAAUAGGAUUGGCGGUUCUCUCUGCACUCCUGCUUCUUGGGUUUUCAGUUCUUGGUCUCUAUGCCCUCAAGCAAAAGAGGAGGGCCAAGAAGGCCAUUGAAUUGAACGACCCUUUUGCAUCCUGGGAUGCUAGUUAUAAAGAUGAUGGUGAAGCUCCUCAAGUGAAAGGGGCAAAAUCUUAUUCCUUUGAAGAACUCAAGAAAUGUACAAACAAUUUUCCAGAAGUAAAUGUGAUUGGAAUAGGAGGCUACGGGAAGGUCUAUAGAGGAAUGCUUCCAAAUGGUAGGAUGGUGGCAAUCAAGAGACUAAGGGCUGAAUCUACUCAAGGAGGUCUCGAGUUCAAGACCGAAAUUGAGCUGCUUUCUAGGGUUCAUCACAAGAACCUUGUAGAUCUUGUAGGGUUUUGCUUUCAACAGGGAGAGAGAAUGUUAGUAUAUGAAUAUGUUCCUAAAGGAACACUGAGAGAAAGUUUAUCUGGGGAGAGUGGCAUUCAACUGGAUUGGAUCAGGAGACUUACAAUUGCUCUUGACUCAGCAAGAGGAAUAGCUUAUCUCCAUGAACUCGCAAAUCCUCCAAUCAUUCAUAGAGAUAUCAAAUCAACAAAUAUCCUUCUGGAUGAAAACUUAAAUGCAAAAGUUGCAGAUUUUGGACUGUCAAAAUUGGUAUCAGAUAAUGAAGUAGGCCAAGUCUCCACUCAUGUAAAGGGAACUUUGGGGUACCUUGAUCCUGAGUAUUACAUGACACAUAUCCUCACAGAGAAAAGUGAUGUUUACAGUUUUGGAGUAGUGAUGUUGGAAUUAAUAACUGGAAACUUACCCAUAAAAAAUGGAGAGUAUAUUGUAUCUAUCGCGAAGUCAAAACUGAAUAAGAAUGAUGUGUAUUAUGGUCUGAAGGAAUUAGUGGAUCCUGUUAUUAGAGAAGCAACAUACAUGGUAGGAUUCAGAAGGAUUGUGGAGUUAGCCUUACACUGUGUGGAGCAAUCAGCAGCAGAUCGGCCGUCGAUGAGCGAUGUGGUGAAGGAGAUAGAGGUGACACUGAAGAAGGAAGGAUUGGCUACAGAGUCGAGAUCCACUACAACAAAUGAUGUGGAACAUGCAGCAGCAAUGGCUGGCUCUAUUAUUCUGUAUGAUAAAAAAUGGCCUCGGGAGGAAGUAAGUGGUAGCUCUUUUGCAUACAGUGGCAGUUACACUUUGCCAAUGAAGCUUGAACCAAAAUAACACCUCUUUGGGCUUGCAUCAGCCUACAAUUGUUUUGUAGCCAAAUCUUAGGACCUAAACUUUUUUGCCAAUAUGAAUGUAAUGUAGGAAGAGCUUUUUUUUUUUUUUUUUUUGCAUGGUGAAGCUUCCUUGUGCUAAAUUUGCAUUCGAGCAAACAAAAUGGGAAACAGUGUAUGUUAAAUUUAGAUAUCAAACAAAGUAAAUGGAAAAGGGAGGGAAGAGGUACUUAAUUAAUUCCUUAAAUAGAGUUCCCUUUUUUUGGGAAGGAAUUAAUUAAAAUAGGAGACAAAUUGGGGGCCUUAAUGGAGAAGAAUUAAUCAAGUAGAGAGAGGAUAUAGGAGAGAGUGGGCGGCGGGUAGAGAGAGAAGAGACUUUAGGGAAAGAGAAUUAAAGUGAGUCUUGAUUGGAAACCAAAAUUGAGGAAGAUUAAUUGAAAUCAAAUCCAAUCAAAAAUUUAAUUGGACCUAAUUUAAACAACUUUCCUAAUUUAAAUCAAAUCCAAAUUUAGGAAACAAAUUCAAAUUAAUUUGAAUUUUGAAUUAAAAUUGUUACCAAAUUAAGAUGUAUAAAAUAUGAAGGCUUUGAAUACAAGAUGAAAUUAUGGGAGGCUUCCUAAUUAAGGAUUAUCAAAGAUGAAAGUAUUUGAAAUUCAAAAGGAGAAUUGAUUUCAAAUAAAGAUACUUUCCAAAUUGAUAUGA